AAAAAAUAUAACGGGAAUGUUGACAGCAAAAUAAACUAGAGGGAUGGUGCAUUCUGGGUACGUAACGUCAUGGACUGUCGCAGAAAUGGUUAAUACAAGAUGGCAGCAGACCUGCAGAUGUUUUUAUUCCUGUUUAAGUCAAAAUAUCGGCGAAAAUGUCAUUUCUGGCAUGAAUUGUGGUUUUCUGUUGUAGUUUAUUCACAUAUAUUUAAUUUAGUGUAUAGUGCGAACUGUUCGGGUGUCCAGUGUGUAAACGGAGAAUGUGUGAAUGGGACAGGCUGUGUUUGUUUUGAUGGGUGGCAGGGACCGUCUUGUCAAUUCUGCGGGAGUAAAGUCAGGUUGUCUGAUACCAAUGGCCACAUCCAUGAUGGUCAUGGCAAUUAUUCCGUGGAUGUCAAGUGCACUUGGUUGGUGUAUGCUGGUGGCCAUGCUAACACCACAAUUCGCCUUCAUUUGGAGGAAUUUGCCACCGAGUGUGGAUGGGAUCACCUUUACAUCUUUGAUGGGGAUAGUGUAGACUCACCCCUCUUAGCUGUCUUUAGUGGUCUGAUGUACAAAGACGGGUACAACAUUCGGAGAAUUCCUGAAGUUGUGGCCACAUCAGGGUCAGCAUUAUUGCAUUUCUAUAGUGAUGUAGCUUACAACAUGACGGGAUUUAACAUUUCUUAUCGUUUAAAUUCUUGCCCAAGUCGAUAUUCCUCUGAGAUCUGCUCAGGACAUGGAGUGUGUAUUGAUGGAAUUUGUACGUGCGAUGCUUCUUUUAUGGGAGAAGCAUGCCACAUCCCAGUGUGUCCAAACAAUUGUAGCAAUAGUCAAGGAGCCUGUAAUCGCGAAAAGCAUAGGUGUGAUUGCAAACAAGGAUUCAAAGGAGAUGACUGCAGCCAGAGAGAGGAUGGUGGGUACUGGGAAGUGGUGCAGUCAGCAUUUAUGCCCAAAGGUUCUGCUUCACAUGGUGCUAUAGUUUGGAAAGAUUCAUUGUACAUAGUGGCAGGAGAAUCAUAUCAAAGUGCGGAGAUGAUUUACCUGUAUGAUUUCAAUGGUAAUGUUUGGGAAACGCCUCAUAUGGACAGCAAAAAAGUUCCACUUACAAGAUAUGGCCAUUCAGCUGUCCUGUAUGGAGAUAAAAUCUAUAUGUAUGGUGGUGUUUCAAAAAAUGGCUCGAUCUCUAUGGUUUCUGCUGAGUUAUGGGCAUUUGAUGUAAAUGCCAAAACUUGGGAGAACAUAACAGUGAGAACAGAGCCAUGCAAUUCAACAGGCACAAACAUUUCUUUACUGUGUGGACCACUGAGAGUUGCCGGUCAUACUGCAACUUUAGUUACAAGUCGUGAUGGGGAUGACAAGAUGGUUGUUAUUUUUGGACAUUCUCCGCAAUAUGGUUACCUUAAUACGGUUCAAGAAUAUCAGUUUGGUACUCGUAAAUGGAAUGUGGUAUCAACAAGAGGAUACCCCAUCAAAGGUGGAUAUGGUCACAGUAGUGCUCUUGAUCCUUAUACAAAAUUUAUUUAUGUUUAUGGUGGUUUCAUUUCGGAGAGUUCAGCUACAUCAGCAUUAAGUAAUAGGCUUUAUUCAUAUGACCCUAUAUCAAGAAUAUGGACAUUGUUGACUCCUGCUCCAUCUGCCCGCUUCCUACACUCUGCUACAUUUGUUUCUGGGGGACUUAUGCUGGUUUUUGGUGGAAAUACUCAUAAUGAUACCUCGCACAGUCAAGGAGCAAAAUGUUAUUCAUCUGACAUGCUGGCUUAUGAUGUAGCAUGUGAUCAGUGGAGUACCAUUAAUAUUCCUUCUGAUCUACGGGCAGAUUUGGCUCGGUUUGGGCAUUCUGCAGUAACAUUUGAAGACUCUUUGUAUAUAUUUGGAGGCUUUGAUGGACAAAUGUUGUCUGAUAUGCUGAAGUACACUCCGGGAAAAUGCCAAAGCCUCUCAUCAGAUGUGGAAUGUGUUCGUUUUAGACCAGGUAUAAAAUGUGCAUGGGAAAUGGACAAUGAGCGCUGUGUCCCUCUACCAUCAACUUAUGGAGAUUUAGUAAAAUGUUCCAGUGAUCCCAGAAUAUCUUCUGAAAUAUGCAUUAAAGAACCAGAUUGCCGCUCUUGUGUGCAGACAUCGUCCAAAUGUAUGUGGGUGGGAGGGAAAUGUCGAGGAAGGGGAGAGAAAGAAAGAAAAAAAGGGAUUAUACCUAUUGUUUCCUUGGAGCAAUGUGAGCCCAAUGAAGGGUCUGUAUGCCAUCAACUUCAUAGUUGUCCUGCCUGUGGACUGCAACCUCAGUGUCAUUGGGACUACGAGGCUCUGCGCUGCAAACCUAUUGGCAACGUAACUGUGGGAGAACCACAUGAGACUGGUGCUUGUCCUCCGAAUUGUGCAGAACUGACUUCCUGCCAAAAUUGCACUGUGGAAGAAUGCAUCUGGUGUCAGAAUGAAGAAAGAUGUGUAGAUAAAAAUGCAUAUACUGCUUCUUUUCCUUAUGGUCAGUGUCGUGAAUGGACAACUCAUAGUACAAGGUGUCGAACUCCUGUCAAAGGCAAAUCACAGUGCAGUGUAUAUACCACUUGUGAAACAUGUCGAGAAGAUCCUGCUUGUGGGUGGUGUGAUGAUGGAUCUGGUACUGGCCUUGGAGCUUGCAUGCCUGGUGGAAAUAAUGGACCAAGCACCAAAGAUCCUUGCCCGUCAAAGCGUUGGUUUUUCACUGGGUGUCCAUUAUGUCAAUGUAAUGGGCAUAGUACUUGUAUAAAUGACACGAACACCUGCCAUCAACCUUGUGCUAACUUAACUCAUGGUCCCCACUGUGAGAACUGUGCUGUUGGCUACUAUGGAAGUCCUAUAAAUGGAGGCAAAUGCAAUCCUUGCGAGUGUAACGACCAAGGGACAGAAUGUCACCCCGAAAGUGGCAAGUGUUUCUGUACUACCAAAGGUAUUGUGGGAGAUCACUGUGAGAGAUGUGAUACACAGAAUCAUUACCAUGGUGAUCCAACAAUAACUGUAACUAGAGUUACAACAGCUGGAACAACUGUGCAAUCUCGUGGUUCUUGUUUUUAUGAUUUGACAAUAGAUUAUCAAUUCACUUUCAACCUUUCAAAAAAAGAAGACAGGCAUUAUACUCAAAUAAAUUUUAAAAAUAGCCCCACCAAAGCAGAUAUUGAUGCUGAAUUCAGCAUUAUGUGUUCAGUGACUGCCAAAAUGAAUAUUACUAUAAAGAAGCCAAACUCGUUAGAAAAGGACUUCCUAACAGCUUUCAAUUGUUCUACAUACCGGACACGCUUUUCAAAGGCUGAUCAUAUAUUUGGUGUAGAUGAAAACAUUACAUUAACAACUUUCUAUGUUUAUGUUUAUGACUUCCAUCCACCACUAUGGAUUCAGAUAUCAUUUUCUCAGUAUCCAAAACUCAACCUCCAACAAUUCUUCAUUACGUUUUCUACAUGCUUCUUGUUAUUGUUGCUUGUUGCUGCUAUUUUGUGGAAAAUAAAACAGAAAUAUGAUAUGUAUCGGAGGAGACAAAGACUGUUUGUGGAGAUGGAGCAGAUGGCAAGUCGACCCUUCUCCCAAGUACUGGUAGAAAUUGAACAGAGAGAAAAAAUUGAUGUUUCAGUUGAUACCACCACAACCCUAAGAAAACGGAAAAAGGAUUCUCCUAGUCCAAUUGCUCUGGAACCGUGUUGCGGCAAUCGAGCUGCAGUACUCUCCUUACUAGUUCGGAUGCCUACUGGUGGGGAAGUGUUCACACCUCCAGGACAGUCAGCAGGUUUGGCCAUCGCAUCUGCUUUGGUCACCUUGGGGAAUCCUCGCAAAGUCAGCAUAGACCCCACAGGAAAGUCAGAAGCUAAGUCAAAGUCACGCAAGUCUUUAUCCAGUCAACAUCCAGACAGCUGUAUAUAGUGCAUUUCUCCCCUCAGAUAUUUAAUAUGCUAUUUUUUCAUACAAAUAUAUUUAUAAGUUUACUUGUAUCCAUACAUAAGGAAACAAGUAUAUCACUGAAUUAUAAUUGUGAGAUGUGAUAUUUUGGUUUGUACUAUCAGUCAAAUCUUCCAGAAAAAUCUGGUUGUUUUUCUAUUUAUAUUUUAUGUUCUCUUUUUAAAUAUUAUUUUGUAUGAGACUUUGAAGUCAGCAAGAGGCAUAAAAUAUCUUUUAAAAACUAUAAUACUCUUUGCUAUAACCAUUAUCAUUGAUAUUUACAUAUAUGUAAGGUGUUAUCACAAUGUUUGGUGCCAAUGCACCAUUAGCAGAAGAGUCUAUAGUCUGUACCUUGCCACCCAUGUAAGUGAACAUUCCCAUAAAGCAAGUGAAUAUGAGUUCCAAGUUUAAUUUAUUUUAUUAAACAAAAACAAACACAUGAUAUCAGUGUGUAGGCCUAAAUAAAUUGUCUAAGCAUUGUGUUUUGUUUUCUUUUUUUAUGUGUGCAAAUAGGAGGUGAAGAAAGGUCCACAGAAAUUGACACAAUAUACUGUAUAUGAACAGGCAAUAAUUUUGAAAGUAAAGAUCAAAGGACUUCUCUUGUAUAUUUUGUGAAUAUUUGAAAAACAAUUGAAUGUGCACCCGUGUGAGAAAAGGAAGAGCAACACUGGAAGACACCUGACAAAAAAGAAGAAUCUCAAGCCUUCUUGGGAAGACUGUUUAGUACUGAAGAGUGAGCAAGUUGUUUGUGUAUAUGUGCAAUUUUCUCAGAAGUCUGUCAUGGUUGAUAAAAUGGUGCUAUAGUGACCAUGUGGAACUUACUCACCAGAUGAGGCUUUGUGAAGAUUAAAAAAGAAUAAAAUUGUAGAAUAUGUGCAGUGCAGCUGAAAUGUAUGAAUGUGUAUAGCGGAAGAAUGAUUGGGAGAGUGAGGGUUGGUUAGAUUAUCCAACUCUGUGGUCUUGCAUGCAAAGAGAUUAUUCAUAUUCAUAUAUACAUAUAUGUAUAUGGCUUUUUUUAAAGAUCUGUGAGAAACUGAUGAUAGAAAUGUUGAAAAUGCCAGACAGUAAGGAGCAAUUCUCAAUAGAUUUUGGUCAUCUAGUCAUUGCACUGUCAGAAAAAUCAAUUAAUUGACCUGUAGAUUUUUUUUAAAGAAAGUAAAUUCAACUGACUAGAUACUGCAAGUUGCCUUGUUUAGCUCCUUGCUAUUGAGGUAACAGGAGGUUUCUGUAUCCUUCCAUUCUAUGCAAUUGAAUCUGGACUUGGUGCUGAAAAUUCUUGGUUUGUCACAUGUUAGAGUACCCGUGGUAGCUAUGAACAAGAAUGUACAGCUUCAAGCACAGGAAUAAACGAUAUAAAUAACCUAUUCCUCCUUGAGGUGUUUAUUCCUUACAGGGAUAUUAUAUUAUGAUAUUACGUAUAAUGCACUCUGCAGUAAGAGAAAGAUUAAGAAAAAUCAGCUAUUGCUGGUUCUUCUGAUAUAAAGCAUUCAUUGCUUUUUUUAGCAAUAACAUAUUUGUAUUGUUUAAAGUGUUUCUUUAAGUUUUGCAUCACUUUGAAAUAGUUUGCUGUAAAAUAAUUAAUUUAUUACUUAAUUAGCAAUAAAUGUUUUAAUUGGUUAA